AUGUACGGCGCCAUCGAGAUCAGCGAGCGCAAGGACCCGUUCCGCGUCUUCCUCGCGCUCCUCUCUGCGCUCUGCGUUGGCACGCUCUACGUCCUGUAUCCGCACCUCGACCUCGCGGCCUACAACACGCCCGUCGUGCAGAACUUUACCUCGGCGUCGCUCCUGGCGCUGGCGCGGGACCUUCCGCCGCUGCCAUCGCCGCCGGUAUACAAGAGCCACAAUGGUGUGCUCGAGAUCACGCUCACGGUCCAAGCGACGCGCUUUACAAACGGGCCGGUCGCGUUCACAACGCGCAGCUACAAUGGCCUCUUUCCGGGUCCGACGCUCUGCGCCAAGCCGGGUGACACGCUGCGCAUCACUCUCAUCAACCAGCUCGAGGCGGACGCACCGUCCGAGGGACUGCACAUGAACACGCUGCGGGACCCGAACACGACCAACAUUCACUUUCACGGCAUGCACGUGUCGCCGUCGGGCGUCGCCGACAACGUCCUGCGGGCGCUCAAGCCGGGCGAGUCGAUGGAGGUCAUCGUCAAGAUCCCAAACGACCACCCGCUCGGCGUGUACCACUACCACCCGCACCACCACGGGUCGGUGUUUUUGCAAAUGGGCGGUGGCAUGGUCGGCGCCAUCUCGAUCCAAGACAGCGUCGACGAGGUCGACAACGUCCUCGUGCUGCAAGCGUACGGCUUCAAAGGCGGCAUGCUUGGCAACCUAAUUGGCGCCGCCAACGUCUCCAAGAGCACGCUGCCCAUGGACGUGCAGCUCACCAACAUGAGCCACAAGCGCGUCUCGGACGCGUUUCCCGACUACCAGCCGCGCUUUAGCGCCCCAGCGACGUCGUACCCGUCGUUCUACACAGUCAACGGCCAGUACCACCCGCGCAUGACGCUUUUGGACGGCGAGCGCAAGCUCUUUCGGCUCAUCAACGCCGGUCCGACGCAGAUUCUGGAGCUGUCCGUGCCCGGCUGCGACGUCGAGGUGUUUGCAAAGGAUGUCUUCCCGCCCGCUGAAACCAAACCCGAAUUCAUCAUCGUCUCGCCGGGCGCCCGCGUCGCAUUCACAGUGCAGUGCCACCUGCACGGUCGUCCAAUGGGUCUCUUUCCGUUCGUGUCGUCGCCGCACAGCAAAAGCGCUGCUUACAUGGGCCGCCUCACCGAUGUCUACCACGGUGUCCUUGGUGUCUUUGACGUCCGCGCAACGUCCGCGUCCGUGCCAGCACUCACGUUGCCUCGGAGCAAUACGCUGCGGGAUCUCCGCGGUAUCACCGAGUCGGACGAAACCAUUGAGCGCUUCCACGUCAGCUUUUCGUCGGGGCCACCGGCGGUGCGGGAUGGCGCCACGUACAAGACGUACUACAUGAACGGGAUGCUCUUUGACCCGACCGUGCGCUACCAGAUGAAGCUCGGGCAGCUCUACGAGUGGACGCUCGAGAACGUGCUCUCGUCUGAAGAGAAGAACCACCCGUUCCACAUCCACACCAACCCGUUCCAGAUUGUGAGCGCGUCGCACGGCAACGGGCUUGACCACUCGAUUGGCGACUGGCGCGACACCAUCACCUUGCCGUUCGGUGGCAACGUCACGAUCCGGUUCCGGCCCGUCGACUUCACGGGGCUCAUCGCCGCGCACUGCCACAUCCUCGGGCACUCGGACGCCGGCAUGCUCAUGCUCAUCGAGAUCCAGCCGUAA